AUGGAUAUUUCUGAUCAAAAGGUUCAUUGCAAAGGUAACAACUCAUUUGACAACAGGAAAAGCUUGUCUGAGCACUUUGAUACGAUUCAUGACAAGACUCACAAGCUAUGUGGUGAGAAAUUACUUUGCAAGGAGCCCAUCUACCCCAAGCAUGAGAUACAUAUUUGUAUCCCAUCUGGAGUUUCAAGGAUCAACAAGAAUGAGAUCAAGAAGAAAAAGAAGAAGAAGAAGAACCAGGAGGAGUAA